AUGCGUAGUAUUUUACAAGUGCCAGGACCAGUGAAAUCGCUUUUUGACAAACUCCCACUCCAACAGUAUGACCCUGUAGAUAAGAGAGACGAUGCUUUAGAAUAUGAGUUGCGUUCGAGGACUUAUGAUUUUCAAGGUCCUCAAGCCGCUCAAAAAUCUGCGAAUGAUACUUUCCAGCUAGGUGUUUAUCAAGUUAGGUAUGACUCAAUCAGCAACUGCUACUUGGCUUCAGAUCCGUGGUGUUUGUUUACACAGCUCUCACUUUGCAAAAAGAAUGAUCUAAAGCUGAACACUAAAGGAAACAACAUGAGUGAUCAGAAAACCAGUUCAGGAUCAUAUCUGCCACAUUCCGUAUUUGAAGUCUCACCGCUGGCUUCAAACGAUGGCUUUUUGCCCAUUCUGAUCGAAGGGCACACCACACGCAAUGUACGGUCCAGCUCGAGCAUUUACCAGAUUUUGAACUCGCGACUCUCUACAAGCGAAGAGCUCAUGUACGUGCUACUGCUAGAUUCGAUAGUCUAUGACUGCUAUAUGACCAAAGUUUUGUACGAACUGAAGGUUUCGCAGUUUUUGUCGCUGUACGCGGGUCAUUGCUCGAAAGCGGUCGAUCCGUUUGUUUACCAUACAUUAUGUGAAGAACUAAGCAAACGCAACGGGUUUGCUUUACGCCACAGAGAAAAUGCUACUGUGCCUGCCCGCUACUUAGACAUUAGUCAACGUUCGUCCAAUUUCCAGUUGAUCGUUGGACGCCGGCAGGAAAACUGUCAGCAGACGCUCAUUCAGUUUCAAGACCUUUUGGGAAAAUUUAAGUUUUUCAGAGACGCCUCAGACCCAUCGUAUCUAGAUCUCAAACUUGCAAGCUACGUUCAUUGCUUGUUGCACUUGCCCGAGCCCGCCUCGCUGGCACAAUUUUUACACGAACAGUGUCCCAUAUUAGUUGAUCAUUCCAGAAGAACGAUCUCGCGCUAUAAGUAG